AUGUUCGCAUUUUCGAGCCGGGGCACAUCCGGCGCGGUGAUGGAAGGCCGGACCGUGCAUCUGCGCCAUCCCGAACUUGCCGAUCAUGAGCAAUGGGCAGCCCUGCGGGCCGAAAGCGCGCAGUUCCUGCAGCCCUGGGAGCCGGUCUGGCCGCGCGGCGACCUGACGCGGCCCGCCUUCCGCGCGCGGCUGCGCCGCUAUGCCGGCGAGAUACGCGCCGGCACGGGCUUUCCCUUCUUCGUCGUGCGCAACAGCGACGAGGCGCUGCUGGGCGGCAUUACUUUGGGAAACAUCCGCCGCGGUGUCGCGCAGAACGGCCAGAUCGGAUACUGGAUCGGCGAAAAGUUCGCCGGCCGUGGCUUCAUGAGCGAAGCGGUGGCGCUGGUGUGCGAAUAUGCGUUUGCGCGAACCGGGCUGCAUCGCCUUGAAGCUGCCUGCAUUCCGGGCAACAGCAAGUCGAUCCGGCUUCUGGAGAAGAACGGAUUUCAACGCGAAGGCGUGCUGCGCGCCUAUCUUAAAAUCAACGGCCGCUGGCGCGACCAUGUCCUUUACGCGCGCAUCAACCCGAUGCAUCUGGACGCGGCGCGCCUCGACCGGACGGAUAUCUGA